AUGGCCGCAAAGCGUACUCACGACCUCAUCAAUGAGGCCCUCGAACACAUUGGGCCCCGAACCUCAAAGAAGCAAAGGAUGCAGCGUGUACGCAAUGAGGCUCGCAUCGCCCUGGAAAACAUUGAAGAUCAAGGGAAGAUUAUCCCGCGUCUUGUUGAUCUUUACAGGCACCCUCGAGAACUACUUUGUCAGGGGUAUGAACUGCAUCUUGCAGAACAAGAGCCGCCUGUAGUCACUGGAGGCGCACCACUUGCUGCCGAGGUCGUGAGGGAGAAUGAGCAUCUCCUCCAUUCGUAUAAGAAAAUAGUCCAACGGCUGCCACUGUUGCCGAAGAUUAUUGUGGAGUAUCGUAACCUCGACUGGGAUAAAUGGCUAGAUAUGGUCAGCUUGAUCGCCCACGCAACCAGUCAGACACGGUCCAAUGACUCGUCUGGCCUUCGUGACAAGCUUGAAUAUUUCACCACUGAUCCAAAGGAAGUUGUACCACGAGAACUUAGCACGAAGCUAGCGCGUGGAUGGAACCAUCGUUGGACGGCAAAGUUACUGUGCCCACAACGAUAUAUUAGCAAAUUUCUCAAGGAUCCCUGCACACUCAUGCUCAAGGCCCAAAAAGGAUCAAGCAAGAUGCAACACCACACCGACUGGCCUGCAUUCCUCUAUGAUGCUACAGAGUAUGACAAGACCAACCCAGAGUCUGGGUUAUUCAAGAACCAGCCACUCGUCCUUAUCCUUCGGCAUAUCCUGAUCGGCCCAAGUGCUGUGAAGUCAAACACACGGUCUACCUUACCCCGACACUGCAAUGCUAGCAUCCUCGGUAUUUCGGACAUCAACGGACAUCUUGUUGCUUACGCAGCUUGCCAGGCUCGCUUCAUGCUCAACGCGCAGACGGAGUGGACACGAAUGGACGGCAAGUUCGAUAGCUCUGCCUUCUACGAUCGGAUCACCCAUUACUUCAAGACUGGUGCCGAACAAGAUGACAUCAAUGUAAACGAGCUACUUAAGUGGUAUAGAAACGAGGUAUUCAAUAACUCGGGCCUUUCGGGAGACGACGAAGACUCGGACAGCGACAGUGACAGCGAUAAAGAUGGCUCGGACGGCGAGGAUGAAGAUACUCUAAUCCAACGACAACGUGAGCUCCGACGAACGCAACGUGCCAGUGCUGGAGAGGCUACCAUGGGUGCUGCGGCCAAUGCUGGACCGCCAACUGGACAUGGAAACUAA